AUGUAUACGGAAUUGCAUAGCUCGGUGCUAUGUUCAGAAGAGAUAGAGCCAAUGGAGCCUUCCUUUUACGAUAAUGGCGUGCCGGUAUUUAAGCCAAGUAUAUCACAAUUUCAGGACUUUUACUUAUUUAACAAGGCCAUAGAUAAGUAUGGUUUGCAAGCAGGGAUAGUAAGAAUAAUCCCCCCCAAAGAGUGGUCUGAGAAAUUGAGCAAUUGUUGUUACACAAAGGAAAAUUUGGCCAAGGUAUCUAUCAGGAACCCUAUAGUACAACGAAUCAACCAUGAUGGGCAUGGUGUUUUCCAGCUGCAGAAUGUUGAGCGACCUAGAAAGUAUAGUCUAGAGCAGUGGAAAGAAUUGUCCAAGAGUUAUCAACCGCCAAAGAAGAGGAAAAGAAGACAAUCUAACGAAAAGGGGGCGGAAGAAAAAUCUUGUGUUCCAGAAUACAAUAUUGAUACUUCAAUAUAUACUGAUGAAAAGUGCAAAGAUUUAGAGCGCGCUUAUUGGAAGUCGCUAACUUAUGCCGAACCCAUUUAUGGAGCUGAUACUUUGGGAUCGCUUUUCACUGAGGAUAUAAAAAGCUGGAAUGUAGCAAAACUACCGAAUAUCUUGGAUUUGAUGGAAGAGGAGAUCCCCGGUGUCAACAAUGCUUAUUUGUAUGCCGGAACUUGGAAAGCAACAUUUGCAUGGCAUUUGGAAGAUCAAGACCUAUACCUGAUCAAUUAUCUACAUUUUGGUGCUCCGAAACAAUGGUACCUGAUUCCACAAUCGGAGAAUAAAAAAUUUUUUAGUUUAAUGAAGGAUUUGUUUGCUGACGAGUACAAGAAUUGCUCACAGUUUCUAAGACACAAGACAUUCAUAGCUCUGCCGCAAUUUUUGGCAAAAAAGGGAAUUACAGUGAACCACACAAUCCAUAGAGAGGGUGAGUUUAUAAUAACUUACCCUUACGGAUACCAUGCCGGCUUCAAUUAUGACUAUAAUCUAGCAGAAUCAGUCAAUUUUGCUCUCGAUACAUGGUUUGAGUUUGCAAAAUCAACGGAAAAAUGCAAAUGUAUUUCCGAUGCUGUCGAUAUCAACGUAGGCCAAUUAUGGAAGAAGUUCAAGUCAACUCAAUCGCAAGCCAUAAAGCUGUAA